ACGGGAUCUUGGUCGACAGCUUCAGCGCAGCGGAAGGAAUCGCGAUGGGUUGCUUUCCGAUGUCGGGCAACCGACUGGGCUUCUCGCAAGUAAUCAAGAAGCCCAAGUUCCUGUACGUGGAGGGCAUCCGGCUCUCGCCCACGCUGACGCAGGAGAACAUCGUCUUUUCGCUCAACUUCGAACCCAUGGACACGGACAUCGUGAUCGACUCGUAUCCCGGCUGCGGCAGCUCCUGGGUCGUACAGAUAGUCUACCUACUGCUCAACAACGCCCACCUCGGAAAGAUCUCAGAGUCGCUUACAAGGGAGGUUUGCUACCUCGAGGCAGAAGGGAACCAGGUCGAAAGCUACCGGCCUCCGCGCAUCAUCAAGACACACCUGCCGUUCAACGGCAUCGCCUACACCCCGGCUGCCAAGUACAUCUACAUAGCCCGCAAUGUCAAGGACUGUUGCGUGUCCAUCUACCACAUCAUGAAGACGUUUCCAGACGACUACCAGUUUCAGAACGGCACCUUCGAGGAUCUCUUCGAGUGCUUCAUCCGCGGCGAGAUGGAGUACAACGACUACUUCGAUCACCUGCUGCCCUGGUGGAGCUACAAGAACGAGCCUAACAUACUGUUUCUCGUCUACGAGACCAUGAAGAAAGAGCCCAAGGAGCACGUGCAGAUCAUCGCCAAGUUUCUAGGCGGAGUAGCCUACGAUUUCAUUCAAGAACAGUCCAAGUUGCAGUCCGUGCUGCGCAUGUCCAACAUCCUCUUCAUGAAGCUCAAGACUCGCGACUACGCCUCGGUCAUGCCCAAGAGGAAGUUCUUCGUUCGGGAGGGCGUGAUUGGCCAGUGGAAGAACUUCUUCACGGGCGAGCAGUCGCGUCGCAUCGACAACAAGUUCUUCCAAAGGACCGUCGACACGCCGAUGAAUCUGCUCUGGAAGGGAAUGGGCGUCUUCGACUGACUGCUGUCAUGUGUGUUUUUGAGU